UUUGCUCCAGAUGCACUCUGUGGGAAUCUGUGGGUCAGAUGUUCACUACUGGCAGCACGGACGAAUUGUCGACUACGAUGUUGCUGGGGCACGAGGCGUCAGGACAGGUGGUGAAGGUCGGAUCAGCAGUCAAGCAUCUUAAAGUGGGUGACAGAGUGGCCAUCGAACCUGGCGUURCCCGGGACAUGGACGAGUUCUGCAAAAGCGGCCGAUACAACUUGUCUCCCACCAUCUUCUUCUGUGCCACACCCCCUGACRAUGGAAACCUGUGCAGAUACUACAAGCACAGCGCUAACUUCUGCUACAAGUACCUGUUUAUUUAUGGUUUACAGGGCGUUGCACCAGAUGUUUCUUAACAACUGCCUGAUCUCUGACUGCCAACUGACUCACUUGCUUAACCUUUGCAUGUAUCCUUUUCUCUUUUGUUGUCAUCUAUGUGUCUUUUCUUCAAGGCUGCCGGACGGAAUAUUACAGAGUGCAUGUCAGGGCAUGGAGCAAAUCCAUAUAAAAGAGCUGAGUGUUCUGUUUUUAAGUGACAUGUUGGUGCUUGAGAUCUGAUGUAACACAGUCUUUAGAAAAACUGCUAAAAGUGAGAAUCUUACUGACUUCACAAAAGUCAAGUGAAAAAUGAUGUGAACCUUAACACGGCUCYUCAGGGGGUUAAUAUUUAACAAAGUCACUGUGGUGAAAACAAGCUAAUGAAAAUUUAGACAGGUGUGUAAAGGAAAAUCUUUUUUUUUUUAAACUGAAGUACAAUGCACACAACUCACACGAUACAACACAAAACAUGACAGCUCAUCCUCAUUAAACAAAUAUUAAAAAUAUUAAUAUUAAAUAAUAACUUCAAUUGAUUAAAGCUAAAUCUGGGCACCACCCUUCAAAGGAAGGGAAAAGAUAGAUAUUCAUUGAGUAAGUCUCAAAUUGAAAUUAUUCUGAUUAGUAAUUAAAUUAAUAACUAUAACCAAAAUAACCACUUCAAUAGCUAGCAAAGUUGAAGGGUAUGGAGUUCUUCACAGUGUAGAGGUUGGCAAAAUGUCAGGGGUGAAAACAUAACCUCCUUGGAGGAAGUGGAGAUGAGGUAUUACAGAGAAUGUUUGAGAAAAACGUUUGUGUCACUGUGUUGCAG